ACAUCUCUGCCAAUGCGUUGGGGAGACAACUGGCACAAACGUACAAUCCAUGGCAUCGUCAACAUGCCCAUCAUCAGCAGUUAUAGCUUGCUAGUUGUCAGACCAUGAGUCAGAAACUCCUUUCAAAGUUGAAUGUCUAUCUGUUGCACCAGGCAGUUCCAACUCGCUCUUUUGCUGAACGAUGGUGAGUUAUACUUCCUAGUGAGCACUGGAUCCCCGCUUUUUGAUGAACAUAUAGCCUUCGAAGAACCCCGUCUACCAUCAUUCCUCCGGUGUGCGGUCCGCACGCAGGCUGCGGGAGGAGUUGAUUUGCUUCUCAAAGUAUGAAGUGGCCUCUAUUUAAGAAGCUUCCUCGUUGUCCAAGAAUCUUGUAUUCAGCCACGAUACUCUUGGCUGACCUUGGGCUCAUUCUAACGACUCUCAUGGCACCACUUUGUGGCCGACGACUGUACUAUACGAUCAACGCUGUGGCUGGCCUCGCUAUCUUCUUGUCAGUCCCUUGGCGAUUGUUCUUGACGUCAAUCCUGACGUCCAAGUUCCCUGAUAGCUUCGGAUAUGAUCAGGGCAUGAUGGGUGGUGUGAACGUUGCACCGGACUACGUUCGAACGAUGAAGUUGGGCCACUCAACGUACAAGGGUCCCUCUGAAGGUUAUGUAGCCACUAUCACCCAGCCAACCCGGCAAGGCGGUAUUGUGAGCAUCUAUUAUUUUGGGACCCUUCUCGGUUGUCUAAUGGGUGGUAUCGUCGGAGACAGGAUCGGGCGUCUGAAGGGAAUGAUGCUCGCUAGCGGUUGGGUUCUUCUUGGAGCUGCACUGCAAGCUUCGGCUCAGAAUAUUGCAUGGAUGUGUUGUGCUCGUGUGAUUAACGGAAUCGGUACUGGGUGCCUCAACGCUAUCGUUCCGGUGUGGUCUGCGGAGGUUGCUACUCACACUUCUCGGGGUGCUUUCAUUGCGAGCGAAUUCACACUGAAUAUCUUUGGUGUCGUCGUGGCGUAUUGGCUAGAGUUCGGAAUGGGUUUUAUUGGAGAUGGUAACACUCAAGUCCGGUGGAGGUUCCCUAUCGCCUUCCAAAUUAUUCCGGUUCUAGGCUUCAUAGCAUGUUUGCCUUUCAUGCCUGAGUCACCUCGUUGGUUGGCUAAGGUAGGCAGAAAUGUAGAAGCCAGGGCUAUUCUCGGGCGUCUUCGAAGUGAGGAUGGUAACCCUGAGGCUGCUCGCGCUGUCGCCGAAUACGAGGAUAUCGUUGCUGUCGUAGCCCUCGAAAAGGAACAUGCGAAGCGCAACUCUUACAUAUCCAUGUUCUUCGGUCGUCAUGACGGAAGUCUCCACAUAGCGCGUCGCGUACAACUGUCUAUCUGGCUGCAAAUCAUCCAAGAAUGGGUUGGUAUCGCUGCCAUUACGGUCUACGCACCUACUAUCUUCUCUGAAGCCGGCUACGGCUCACGCAAAUCUCAAUGGCUAAGCGGUCUCAAUGAUAUUACCUACAUGUUGAGUACUCUCAUGGCCGUCGUCACAAUCGACCGCUGGGGACGACGCGUUGGUCUCUAUUGGGGUGCCAUCGGUCAAGGCAUUUCUCUCAUUCUUGCUGGAGCGUUCAGUCGUCUUCUCAAAGAUCAUCCUGAGAAAUCCGCCCAAUAUGGUGGUGCUGCGGCAUUCUUCGUAUUCUUGUACACUGCUGUGUUUGGUGCCACUUGGCUCACGAUCCCUUGGGUCUAUCCUACCGAGACAUUUCCUCUAGAGGUACGAGCUAAAGGUAACGCAUUUGGUGUCGUUGGUUGGUCCAUUGGCAAUGGGUGGCUCACUUUGUUGAAUCCUGUCAUGUUUUCACGAAUUGGCGAGAAUACACUCCACAUCUUCGGCGCAAUAAACUUUCUCAGCAUACCUAUGGUCUACGCUCUAUAUCCCGAAACCGCUAAUCGCACAUUAGAGGAGAUGGAUUUUUUGUUUGCAAGCGACAGCCCAUGGGUAUGGGAUGAGGAGGAGCACUUCCGGAAGCUUAAGGCUGAGAAUGCCCAGCUGAAUCACCUCGGUCAAAAAGACGCUGAUGGACUGCCCUCUCCUGCCCCUGAACUAGAAGAGAAGAACGUUGGUGAUAAGAAAUGAUGCGAUUUGUCUUUCUCACGUUUCUAGUCUCAUUCCCAGAUUGGAUGUGUUCGGCUUGACGACUCCUGUGCUCUUACGGAUUCUCACUGUAGAUUAUCCGUGUAUUCUGUAACGGGCCAUCCAAUAAACAAUCCCUGCAUUCACAGUG